GUGUGGGACGGAAUCCGUAGCCAUUUUGGCUCAAGCCGCCAGACAUCGCGCCCACCCGCGGUCGCAGCGGCGCGCGGCGCGUCAUGGCCGAGACCUCGCGGCGCGUGCUGCCGAGGAGCACCUGGCCCCCGGACGAGGAGACAGCGGGGCCGACCCAGACAUGGGACGCGAAGAACCCGCAGGGCGAUCGCGACGACGACGACGGGACGGUGCAGGUGAAGGCGAUGCCGAGGAGAUGCAUCAACGCCACCGACGAGGAGCUCUGCGUGGCGCGCGUCGAGGCCGAGGCCUCCCGAGAAGGUGACAAUUCUUCCUGCGCCGCGAACUCCUCGAACUCCUCGGGCGACGCGGCCGACGGCCAGGAGGACUCCAGGGAGGCCGAGGAAGAGGAAGAGGAGGCCUCCAUGGCCCGGCCCGUGGCGGACAUCGCGACGGCGUUCCCUGGGCCUCUCGCGGCCUGCGGCCGCUCGGGGUACCUGUCCGUCUACUGGGCGGGCAAGAGGAGGAUCUACGUCAGGCAUAUGGGCGACUUCAACAACUGGAAGGCUGAGGACGUGCUGCUGCCCCCGGAGGUCGACAUACAGCCCGGCGUCCCCGUCAGCGCCAUGAGCAGGCCGUACGACUACAACGGGGUGGUCUGGGCUGGCAAGGACAAGAUACACCAUGUCUACAUGGAUGACCGCGCGUGGGGCGUGUGGAAGAACGUGACCAUCACCGCGGUCGGCAUGAAGAACGGGACGCACAUCGCCGCGACCGGGCAGCCCGGCUACAUGUCCCUGUGGUGGGCGGCCAAGCGAAAGGUGGUGCGCAUGCACUGGGGGGCUUACAACAACUGGACGGCCCGGACGAACUAUGUGCCGACGACCGUCCCGAUCUCGCCCGGCACGAAGAUGUACGCGAUGAGCAUGUCGGGCACCUACGCCGGCGUCGUGUGGGCCGGCGAGGGCAAGAUCCACCACCUCUGCCACACCGCAGACGACUGGAGCAGCUUCAAGUACCACGCGUACGACCAGGCUGGCAUUACCAGCAGCACGCCCCUGGCCGCGUGCGGGCGCCCCGGCUUCCUGGGCAUCUUCUGGGCCGGGGAGAACAAGGUGCACAUGAUGCGCAUGACCGUCUUCACGGGCUACCAGCCCGAGCAUGUGGUGCUCCCCCCGCAGGUGCACAUCUUGCCCGGCAUGUCUCUGUCGGCCAUGUGCAGGGACGACCAGUACAACGGUGUCGUCUGGACCGGCCUCGGAGGCACGCACCAUCUCUACGAGGACUGGCAGGCGUGGGGCGAGUGGAAAUACCACGACCUCACCCUGUGGAGCGACGGCCACGUGGAGAAGUUCGGAUUCGAUGCGCUUCAGGACACGACCGUCCACAAGGACCGCGAGUGGAGUAUUCCUACUACUCCGGCCGGAGUUCUCUGCAUGAGCGUCGGACUUGUGUUUGGAAGAAAGCUACUUCGGCUUCUCGGAGUCUGAGGCGCCCGAAGGAGCGCGGCGGACAGAACGGCGCCCGCCCGGCCGCGCAGAGCCUGGAGGCCCGCGGGAGCCGCCGGCGGCUGCCGGCCCCGAGGGCGCCCCGCGGGAUAGCCCCGCUCGAGCGGGAGCCGGGCGGCCGUCGUCGCCGGCAGACGACGGUGAUUGACAUUCGUGAGCCCGGCCUCUCCUCCCGCCCGCCGUCGCCCUGCCUCCCGCAGCUUGCCGGAGCUUGAUGCCAGAUCCUUCCGAUUGCUCCUUCUAUCGUUUGCGCGGUGCCAGCACGAGCCCGAGGCGUGCAGAACGUGGCGGCAAUACUUGAGCAGCGAGAGAGCAGCGUUCGGCGAA